UAAAAUUUUAAUCCCGCUCCUGGCUUUGACGUUGUCGUAAAACCACCAUCUUGGCUUUGAAAACUCCAUCCUUGCAAUCUAGAACAAUCCAAGGACUGACCGUCCUAUCCGAACAAGAAAAGCACUUAAGAAAGCAUAGAGUUUUCCUUGUUGGAGCUCUUGCAAAGAAAUUCUGAAGAAUUACAAAGGUCGAUCGGUAGCUAGAAACGUCAAGGAAAUUAUCGCCCUUCCGCCAUAUUGGCAAGUCGCACGAAAAGUUUAAACGUUGAAGCGGGAUAUUUAGGCGAUUCUUUUUUAUUUCCUUCAUGACUGCCUAUCCAGAAUGUCCGACCGCUUGGCUGGAAAAAUAAAGGAAAAUGCAGGGAAGACAAAGUACUCGACGCUUAACCUAAACCAAACGUACAAAGGGACGAAAGUAGAAACCAAAACCAACACAGGAGCUGCCCGCCAUGGAUUACAGAGUCUGGGAAAGAUCGGUUCUAGCAGACGAAUACCACCACCGGCAAAUUUACCUUCAUUGAAAAGCGAAAACUCAGGCAACGAUCCUACAGUUAGUUUAGUUCCAAGUGGCGGUGGAGGAUGGGGAACUGCGAAAGAGAAGACGGAAACAUCACAACCUGCGACUACAACAGUGCCAGCACCACCACCAAGCUCUACAACAGCUCCAGUAAAUGCGCCAGCACCACAGCAGCCGCCGUUGCAACCUCAGCGGCCUACGCCGCCAUCAUCGUACCCAACACAACCACCGAGCAGGCAUCCAACACAAACUCAAUCUGCCAUCACCGGGACAUCGCAUCCAGACAAAAACGAAUCUCAGGGAAAAACAUGGGGAAGUGUUUCGUCAAACGAGGCUGGUGGUCAAGGGAGACCCUACUCUCACCAACCAUCUCCCUACUUCAAUCGGGAAUUCCCAAGCUUAGGUGGUGGCAACGGUGGCGAUGGAAAGCCAGACGGAAAGGAAGGCUUGCACGGUCCACCUCCAGUGGUUCGCAAUACACACGAACCACCAUGGAUGGACCGAAGUGGGCCUGGUCCACCACCUGAUUAUGGCGUUGGGCGUGACCAUGAGAUGUAUAAUGGUAGACCAGGACCAGGUGGAUACUAUAGGAGACCCCCUCAUGAUUACCAGUUUAACAGAAAUUAUCCACCAAACCAGUACAAUGGGAACUACCAGGGUGGUCGACCUCCACCCCACGGAUAUGGAGACCCAAAUGGCAGACCUCCUGUGCCCAGGCAAGGGCCAGGUUCAAGACUUCCUCCUAGGCCUGCAGACAUGAAGCCUGACGGAGAGAGAGAAGAGUCUAAACCUCGCCCAGCUCUGUUGCGCCCAGAGGAUAUCCAAGCUAUGGAUGAUGAUGAUGAUGAUGGAGGCUGGGCGACGGCUCAUGGAGAAGUAGAUUACACUGCUAAGUUAAAUUUUGAAGAUCCUGAUGACACGGACAAAGAAGACUCGACCAAGAAGGAAAAUAGGGAGAGGCAAGAAGAGAGUGACAGAGAUAGACCUGAGGGCAAGCCUGCUAACGAGAAGAGGGACGUUUCUGGACCCUAUCACCAGCACCCGCCAAGACAUGGUCAGGAUGGAGGUCAUCCUUCCCAGCAGCCUCGGUCAGCUUGGGGUGAUCCUCCCAGUCAUCCUUCUUUUGAUAGAGAAGGCCAGCGCGGCGCAUCAAUGGGACACCCAAUACCCCCACAAACAAGACCCUUUGACAACAGGGCCCCUCCACCAACACAAGGGUAUGGCCCCUCUGGACCCUCUCCAUGGAACAUGCAGCACCCUCCACAGCAUAGGGCGCCUCCUGGACAGUAUCCACCACUAGGUGCCUCCCCACCCAUGCAGCAUGGCAGAGGUCCUGUAACUGGACGAGGGGAGUUUGCUGGACCACCUUCACCCAAUGAAGAGAGGCAGAAAGAGUGGGCUGAACAGCAGAGAAUAAAGGAAGAGAGGCAUGCAGCCAUUGAGCGUGCACGGAAACGACGGGAAGAAGAAGAGCUUAAGCUACAGGCAGAACGCAAAGCAGCAGCCAUGGCCAAGCUGGAAGCACUUGAUAAGAAGAGAAAGGCCAGAGAAGAAGAGGGUAAAGCAGACAAACUUCAAGACGAUGAGGAUGCGACUAUGGCGGAAAAGCAUAAUUCAGAGAUUAGGCAGUCCGAGAUGAGAGAACAAGAGCUUUUCAGGGAAAGGGAGGAACGAGAGCAACGUGAACAGCGAGAUUGGGAAGAGAGAAACCGAGAAUCUUCCAGCUUUCCAUCAGAUCAGCGACCCUCAGCUCCGAGACAUGAUGGGCCUUUGCGGACAAGGAACGACAGUGACUCCAGUGAUGCGUCAAGGUCCAGUGGCUCCCGAUACUUCAACAGAACAAUUCCACCACGCUUUCAGCAACAGAGACAACAGCAACACCAGCAAUACCAACAGCAGCAGCAGUACCAAGCCAGCCGGCCACAAGCCCAGCAUAAGCAGCAACAGGUUCCACAGUCAAGGGACUACUCUGAUGCACCACCUCAAGCUGCACGACCCAAGCCUAUUCCUGAUGCAGGGCCUGCAUCACCAACUCAUCCAGUACCGCUGGGCCGUACAGGUGAGAGUGCACCCCCUGUUACACGCAUCAUGAAGCGAUCAGAAAGCAGCAGUACUGCUGGUGAUGAUGUUGCCAGCAUCAUGUCCUUAGAGAGUGUUGGUGAGAAAGAGAAAGAUCGAGAACAACAGCAGGCUAGGAUUCAGGAUGAUUCCAGGGCAGAGAUAAAGACUGAAGAUAAGAGAGAACCAUCGGAUAACAGGAAACCUAAGCGCGAUGGUGUAAUAGAAGAUUCUGAGAAUAGAGACAGAAGAAGUUACAGGCCAGAUAAAGAUAACAGGAAAGAAAGGCCAAGAAAUGAUAAGCUUGAGGAUUAUAGAGAUGACAGGCAGCGUCGUGAUAGAAAGGAGCAGAAAGGCGAAUUCAAAGGCAGAGACAGGCAAGAUGAACGUGAUGUCACUUCAAAGCAAGAAUCUGAGUCCCGAAAAUCUGAGGUCCAGAAACGUAAGAUUGAUGAAAGUGAAGAUUAUGUUGAGGAGCAUCGCCACAAGAUAACUAGUCGGGAUAGGGAGUCCCAGCCGGAGAGUCAGUCGAGAAGAGGUGGCUUUCCAGUGAGGGGCAGAGGGCGUGGUGCUGGUCUCAGGGGAAGAAGUGAUUUUAAGGCUUCCUCACGGGAUAGCAGACUUAGGACAAAGCGAGACAUUAGGUCACCUCUCAGAGAAACUACAAAAUCCGACGAUCUAUCCGAGGAAAGUAUUGCUGUUAAAGCCGAAUCUGAACCUCAAGAAAAGAUUGAGGAUCGUGCGCCCAAGGAGGCUUGGAAAGAUAGAUCUGACAAGGGGGGAGAUAGGCUUCAAGAAAAACCAUCUCAGAGGAAAGAUGAAAGGUAUCAAAGUGACAAGGGAAGACAAGAUAGAGAAAGACCCGAAAGAGACCGACGAGAUAGACAAGAAAAAGAAAGACCCUACAAACAAUCUGGGCGUGGAGAACGAAAUGAUAGGAGAGGGGAAAGGUACCAAGAUAGGCGAGAACAGAGGGAGCGUGAGGAGGAUAGAGAACCCAGAGACGGAAAAGGAAGGCAAAGACAACCAUCUGAUUCCAGGAAACCAAAUGCUUGGAACAAGGAAAACCGGGGUUCAAAAGAGGAUAUCUCUAAAAAGUUGACCCCUAGAGAAAAAGAUUCAGAAAGCAAAGAACGGAGUUGUGAUCAGAGGCGAACACGUGAUGGUGAUCGUUACCAAGGGCGUGACAGGGAUGGAGAAAGAGAUCAAGAACAAGACAGGGAGACACAGGAAGAAUCCCUCAGAGAGCCUGAACAAGAAGUAGGAAAUAUCAAAGGGAAAGACCAAGACACUGUUGCAGAGAGAGAUCGUGAAAGAAACAGAGCCCCUAGAGGGACUGGUCGAACAGGUAGGGAUGGAACACAACGCACCAGUACUCGUGAUAGCAAAGUGCGCAAUCCCUUCCCAACUCGUGGAAAAGGUGGCUAUUCUGCACGAGGUGCAAGGCGUGGUGGUGUUGCACAUAGAGGCAAAUUCAUUGGAAGUGGUCGGCUUCAGUCUGGAGGCACCUACAGACCGCAACCAAAGUAUGAGGAUGUUUCUGAGGAUGAAGGUAGUCAGUCAGAUUCAAGUAGCUAUACCACAGCAACAUCGGCAUCAGAAGAAAGAUCAGGUGAUGAGUUAGAUGGUGGGAAAAAACAAGGAGCGGAAAGAUCCACAGAACGACCAAGAAGUGCGAACCGCAUUGGCAGAGGUGUGCGCGGCGCAUCUGGUGGCAGAGCUCUUAGAAGUCCAGCAGGAAGAGGCUUUGGAAGGCAAAGGCGUGAACAGGAAAAACCACCCAGGUUUCAGAAACAGCAAGAACGUGCCGCUGCACAGCAGAGAGGGUUAGGACGUGGCAGGUCUCGAGGGAUUGGUCGUGAUACACGUGACUCGAGCUGGAGCAGGGGAAGAGGUCGAGGUAGGGGCAGGGGGAGCUACAUUCCCAACUCAGAAGCCCCUGAAAAUGAAGUAGGCUUACAAGAGUCUGAGGACUGGGAAGAGGAACUCAGUUCAACACCCAAGCCAAAACCAAAGGAUGACAAAACUGACGUGCCUAGAAAGGACAAUCGAAAGGGAGGCUUUGGAAGUCGUUCAACUUCAGAUGGAAGACAUGCUGGUCAAAAAUGCCCCCGUGAUGACUCCUCAAGGUCUGGCCCUCGUCGUGACAACCAACGCAACACUCAAAAAAAGGGAGAUCAUUUUUUAGCCGAAAAGCAGCAGGUAACCGCUGAUGGUUCUAAGGCGUCCACCACGGAACCUAAAGGAGCAUUGCCUGCUGCUAAAACCGGAGAUGCUUCAACAAGCAAACUUGCUGGUGGGCAGAACAGACAAGAGAUGAAGGGCAAUGAGUUCAUAGCUGUUGAUAGUAUUGGAAGCGAUGCGGCGAAGGCUUCUAAGCGCCCAGAUCAAGCAGUGAAGAAAGCAGACAUCAAGCAGUACGACUUGCACAAUGUUGCGGGCGUGAUAUGUAUUGAUGACUUCACUGAUGAUGACUCAGACAUUUCAUCUACUCUUAGUGGCUUUGUGCAAGUGACUUCAAAGCGAGCACAAAAAGAACUAAAGGAGAAACAACGAGAAGAAGAGGAGAAAAAGCGUAGAACCGAGGAAAAGGCAGCUCAGAGGGGGGAUGCCAAGUUCAAGAAAAAUCAACCUGGAAAGGCGCCAAGAUUCACCAAGCAGCACCAAAGCACCUUGCCCACUCCAACCUCCCAACCAAAACAAGCUGCGGGAAAGAUCCCUGUGGGCGUCGACACUGCUAUAGUACCUCCCGGUAGUGUGGGCAGCAAUGCAUCCAGUACAAGCUCAACUAAGCGCAACAGUCCAAUCACUGUAGAAAGACCGCUGUCACCUCCUCCACCUCCAGUGUUCAAUGCGUGGAACAAACCGCUUACCUUAGUGACUCCAGCUAAAGCUCCUAGUGCUGCCAUGGUGUUGCCUGCUAACGUUCCAGACCCUCUAGCUGUUGGCAGUGGAAAGCCGUCUUCACGUCAGACUCACAGUUCUGUCAUGGCUAGUAUGCAGAACUCGCUCAUGGAGUCCAGUUUCGAGGACAAAUCAGCAGAGGAUGAAUUGAAGGAGAUGACUAAAGAAAUAGAAUCAAUGGCACCAACAGAGGAGCACGAGGAUACAACCCAACACCACGACCAUCACAAACACAGAGGGAAGAACGCCAAAGACUCUGAAAGCAAGGGCACUUCUAAACACAAGGACGGAGAUAAGAAGCAGCAGCCCAAGCCACAACGGGAGAGACCACCACGGUUUGAGAGAGGCAAACGUAAGGCUCCUGCUGAUGAAGAAUCGAAAAAAGGGUCUGUUGAGAACAAUACGGAUUCAGCCUCAUCCAACACAGCUAGUCAGGAAAACAAGGUAGCUGCCUUAACUGAACCAGCGGAGGGCAAGGCAACUGCUACUUCACAGAUCAAAGGAGAUCCAGACACCGAGAGCACAUUAGAGGAUACAACAAAUGAUGAGAAGAAGGAUGACACGAUAGAAACGAAAAACGAUGCCCAGCCGAGGAAAGGCUCCGACUACAGUACUGACUCGGGAGAGCGCUCUAACGAGGAUGGCAUCUUCAAUAGCGGGUCACUAUCUGUUGAUAUCCCUGAGACCAAUGCUGAGAGGCCACCAUCACCAGUCUCCCCCACCAUGUACGAGAUGAAUAGGAAGAUGUUUGCCGCUCGAAAAGCUUGGGAAGAUGUACAAGCUCCUUCAGUCAGUCUGUCCGUCUCCAUGCCCAGUCCAUCUACAUGGGAUGAUGCGAUUCGUUCCAAGACGAGUUCUUCUGUGUCUUCGUCAAGGGUUGGAGUGACAUCAGUUGAGAGUGAAAGUGGUAGCAGAAUGGUAAAUGCCUCAAGCUCACCUGAAGGUAGACCCAUGUCUGAUUCGGGUGCAAGCAAUGCUGAGGUCCCUAAACCGGAGAGUCAAGUUGCAAAUAAGAAGCCUGGCGCGCCUGAACAGCAGAAUGUUUGUAAAGUAAAGCCACAACAACAGCAACCCCCAUUAUCAACAGCCAUGACUGCUCCUUCUGAAGAGAGGACCCAGCAAGCAGAGCCAGUUGUUCUGUCACAGCCAAUUAUUACACCGGAGCACAUGCUUCAACAAAGCAUCCACCCAUACCAGUAUCAGUUGGACGCUCACCUGGUGCAACCAUACCAACGCCAGGCGCCACAGUACCUCCAGCAGCAUCUUCAGCCGGCACAGCAAGUGACAAACACUUAUCAGAUGGCGACCCAGAUGCCACAGGUUCGACAGCCUACAUCUGCACCAUCUCCACUGUCUCAACAGACACCAGAAUUGUUUCAGUCGCCCUUUCUUAACAGCAAUCUCUACUCGGCCAGCUCAUUCCAAGGUUCACAGUCAUUCAUGUCUAUCCCGUUGGUUCCAACUACGGCAACACAAUCAUAUGUGGCCACACGGACCCAGGCACCAUCAGUCCUGACGUUGCAAGGUCAGCCCAAGUCUGCUACUGGCUCCAUGUUCGCACCCUCGCAUGCACAGACAGUGUACAUGCCCUUUGACCCUCAAAGUGCAUUGUUUGGCUAUAGCCAGGCAUCCCAGCCGGCCCAGAGAGCCCAGAUGAUGACUACUCAGCAGCAGAUGGACGCAUUAGGCCAACAACAAGCUCAUCUCCAAUCUGCACAACAGCAGCAGCAGCAGUCCCAGGGCAUGCAGUUCCAACGACCCAUUGGUUUCCAGCCAACGUCAAGCCAAGCCAACGCAAAUGUCCAGAAGCCUGGAGAUGACCGUAACGCCGAUUACAAUAGAUCGCAGUCAGACACGUCCAUGAUCAAGCAUAUCAAUGCUAAGCCAUUCGAACCUCCAAAGAGACUAUCAACUCCAACGUCCUCAAUGCCCAGUAGCACCUCCAGUGGCGGCAUGAACACCUAUCAGUCCAGCAUAAACAUGGUUCCUGUGCGUCCAAGCCCACCUCAUGUGGAUGGGUUCUCGCAGAGUCCUCCGAUGUCCACCCUGAACAUGUCCAACAGGCCAGUGUCCAUGUCACCUGUGGAUCCAAACCUGCCGUUCACAACAGCCAUCGGAUCGUUCACUAAGCCUGCUCCUAUUGGGCACUUCCAGAUGCCUCCACAGCAACAACAGCCUGUGAUACAGCAGUUCACACCUUUCCAGCAACAGCAGGUCCACAUAAAACCGCACCAGCUGCAACAUCAGCUACAGGUUCGACCUCAAACUCAACAGCCCACCAGCCCGCAGCAACAACAUGGGAUGACACACAUACAGACCAGCGCUAACCAGCCUGUGAUGCACGCAGUACACAGGCCUUUUGGCCCAGUGGGUGGUCAAAUGAAUGCUGGUCAUGCUGCCAUGGUUAAUCCACGAUUUCCAGGCCCUAUCCAAAGGCCGCCUGCAGCAAUUGGUGCGCCUACCAUGGCUCAAGUCAUGCCACAGGGUCAACCACGCCCAAUUCAACCGCCAAGAUUAUCCCGAGCCCCGUCAGUAAGGAUGGCUAAUACUAAGGCUCCCAUGAUCUCUACGAGGCCGCAAGUGCCUGCUACUAACCAGGUAGCUAUGUUCCAAGCCUUACAGCGCCAGAAAAUGCUGGAACAGACGCGAGAUUUCUUCAACCAAGAAAAGGGCAAGCCACCGUCAAUUGGCAAACAGCAGCCAUUGCAACAGUUACAAGAGAAGCAGCUACAAGAUCAGCUGCAGAUGCAACACAUGCAGAAGCAAACGACUCAGCAGUUGAUGCAGGGUCCAAUGAUGCACCUGGCAGGGAAACAGCAGCAGCCUCCGGCUCAGCUUCCUCAGCAACAGCCAACACAGGUGAAAAAACAACAGCCCCUGCCUAUAGCGCCCAGUGCUGGUGCUCAUCAUCAGAAUAAGCCGCCUCGUUUGCAGGCGCAGGAAAACAAGUCCAAACAACAAAGCCAAGUCAAGCAGGAAGGCAAAAAGGAAGAAAACAAGUCACAUAUAAUAGAACUACCAAGAAAGAAAACGUCAGACAACGCCAACAAAUCAAAGCCAAGCAAGUCAGGAGACGACAAUCAAAACUCAGCCAAGACAAAUGGUAAAGGAGCACCCGCCAAGAGGGGUGGUGGCGGAGGUGGCAUGAUCAGAAUAGCCCCCCUGCCGCGCUCAAACGGACGUGGCCGCCCAAAUAAAGGCCGCCCUCCGUCCAAACCCGCCGGUACAGGGUCCAGCAGCGCUAAACCUAAGGACACCCCAACGGCGACUACUGUAGCGACCAGCGGAGCAACCACGACGACGUCAAAGCCAGGAAAAGAAGCCGCAAGUAGCUCCAAAGGUCCAGCUGCCGCAGCUCAAGAUACGAGCAGCGUGAAGAAACCGGAUCCCGUCAAAGCGCCGGAUCCAGUUAGCGUCAAUUAGAGGGCCUUAGGCCACAAAGACGCAGUAAAUGUAGGACUUAUUGUUUACUGAACGGAUUUGUUCAGCCGUGCACACGUCGGACAGCCCUCGAUAACCGAUAGUGCACCUGUUAUCACUAUUGUAUUUCUGAAAACCAUUAAUUGGGGCACUUUCGUCGUAUUUGCAUUACAAAGAGGCGUAAAAAACGGAAUGAUUUUUUUUUGUCAGCGUUCUGAGGUUGAAUCAUUUAAGUAGAAAUUUGUUCUUAGGUUUGAAGGAAGCUAAUUUAUCAGUCGCCUCUCUACUGCUGCAAACAAUGUACAAGAUUGUUAUUAUAAUAUGGAGUGACUGCAAUUUGUAAGUUACCAGAUCACAAUUAAAGUGACCUCAAAGUGUAGUAU